AUGGCCCUACACUCCGUGUACUUCCCCAACUCCCAGGACAUCGUUUCCCUCUUCCGCCCCCUUCCCUUGUUCCAGGGCCAGAGCCAGACACUAGUCAGGAUUAAUAAACCUUUGCUAUUCCUCUCUUCAGGCCUCUUUACUAGAGAGCUGGGCCUCCAGAGGAGAGGAUGCUGUCUGGUGCUGGGCUACAUGGCCAAAGACAAGUUUCGGAGAAUGAAUGAAGGCCAAGUGUACUCCUUCAGCCAGCAACCCCAGGACCAGGCCGUGGUGUCGGGCCAGCCCGUGACACUGCUGUGUACCAUCCCUGAAUACGAUGGCUUUGUCCUGUGGAUCAAAGACGGCUUGGCUCUGGGAGUGGGCAGGGACCUCUCAAGUUACCCACAGUACCUGGUGGUAGGGAACCACCUGUCAGGAGAGCAUCACCUGAAGAUCCUGCGGGCAGAGCUGCAAGAUGACGCCGUGUACGAAUGCCAGGCCAUCCAAGCCGCCAUAAGGUCUCGCCCCGCACGCCUCACCGUCCUGGUGCCACCUGAUGACCCGGUCAUCCUGGGGGGGCCUGUAAUCAGCCUGCGGGCCGGGGACCCCCUCAACCUCACCUGCCACGCGGACAACGCCAAGCCUGCGGCCUCCAUCAUCUGGUUGCGAAAAGGAGAGGUCAUCAAUGGGGCUACUUACUCCAAGACCCUGCUGCGAGAUGGCAAGCGUGAGAGCAUCGUGAGUACCCUCUUCAUCUCCCCUGGCGAUGUGGAGAACGGGCAGAGUAUCGUGUGCCGAGCCACCAACAAAGCCAUCCCGGGAGGGAAGGAGACUUCGGUCACCAUCGACAUCCAGCACCCCCCGCUUGUCAACCUGUCGGUGGAACCACAGCCGGUGCUGGAGGACAACGUUGUCACGUUCCAUUGUUCUGCAAAGGCCAACCCAGCUGUCACCCAGUACAGGUGGGCCAAGCGGGGCCAGAUCAUUAAGGAAGCAUCUGGAGAAGUGUAUCGGACCUCAGUGGACUACACGUACUUCUCAGAGCCUGUCUCCUGCGAGGUGACCAACGCCCUGGGCAGCACCAACAUCAGCCGCACGGUGGACGUCUACUUUGGGCCCCGCAUGACCACAGAGCCCCAAUCCCUGCUCGUGGAUCUGGGCUCCGAUGCGGUCUUCAGCUGUGCCUGGACAGGCAACCCCUCCCUGACCAUCGUCUGGAUGAAACGGGGCUCAGGCGUGGUGCUGAGCAAUGAAAAGACCCUGACCCUCAAAACCGUCCGCCAGGAGGAUGCUGGGAAGUAUGUGUGCCGAGCCGUGGUGCCCCGGGUGGGAGCCGGGGAGCGAGAGGUGACCCUGACAGUCAAUGGACCCCCCAUCAUCUCCAGCACCCAGACCCAGCAUGCCCUGCAUGGGGAGAAGGGCCAGAUCAAGUGCUUCAUCCGGAGCACACCGCCACCCGACCGAAUCGCCUGGUCCUGGAAGGAGAACGUGCUGGAGUCGGGGACGUCGGGGCGCUACACGGUGGAGACAGUCAGCACCGAAGAGGGGGUCAUCUCCACACUGACCAUCAGCAACAUCGUGCGGGCCGACUUCCAGACCAUCUACAACUGCACCGCCUGGAACAGCUUCGGCUCCGACACGGAGAUCAUCCGGCUCAAGGAGCAAGGUUCGGAAAUGAAGUCGGGAGCCGGGCUGGAAGCAGAGUCUGUGCCGAUGGCCGUCAUCAUCGGGGUGGCCGUAGGAGCUGGUGUGGCCUUCCUCGUCCUUCUGGCAACCAUUGUGGCCUUCUGCUGUGCCCGCUCCCAGAGAAAUCUCAAAGGGGUUGUGUCGGCCAAGAAUGACAUCCGAGUGGAGAUUGUCCAUAAGGAGCCUGCUUCCGGCCGGGAGGCUGAGGAACACCCCACCAUCAAGCAGCUGAUGAUGGACCGGGGUGAAUUCCAACAAGACUCAGUACUGAAGCAGCUGGAGGUUCUCAAAGAAGAGGAGAAGGAGUUUCAGAACCUGAAGGACCCCACCAAUGGCUACUACAGCGUCAACACCUUCAAAGAGCACCACUCGACCCCCACCAUCUCGCUCAGCAGCUGCCAGCCGGACCUGCGCCCCGCGGGCAAGCAGCGCGUGCCCACGGGCAUGUCCUUCACCAACAUCUACAGCACCCUGAGCGGCCAGGGCCGCCUCUACGACUACGGGCAGAGGUUCGUGCUGGGCAUGGGCAGCUCGUCCAUCGAGCUCUGCGAGCGCGAGUUCCAGAGGGGCUCCCUCAGCGACAGCAGCUCCUUCCUGGACACGCAGUGUGACAGCAGCGUCAGCAGCAGCGGCAAGCAGGACGGCUACGUGCAGUUCGACAAGGCCAGCAAGGCCUCUGCUUCGUCCUCCCACCACUCCCAGUCCUCUUCCCAGAACUCCGACCCCAGCCGACCCCUGCAGCGGCGGAUGCAGACUCACGUCUGAGAAUCCCAAACCGGCGCUGGGGAGGGCUGGGGAGGGCUAGGGAAGGGGCGGGGGGAGCGUGCCACCUUCUGGCUCUCCAGAGACUGUGGGUGCUUUGCAGAGCACCCCAGAACCGGCCGCCUCCAGGACAGCACCCCCACGCCCCGUGCCUCUGCGACCGCCCUCCUCCGAAGCCCCUGAUCAAGCACAAACCCGGGUCCCCAGCUGCAGCGGGGCCAGAGGCGGGCGGGUGGGGACGCGGUCGGAGGAUGCAGCUGAGUGCGCUGUGCUCGGUGCUGGGCCCUCCGGUCCGGCCUUUUCCUGGAGGCCCUCCCCCUACAGGCACUCGAGGCAGCUAGAACUUUGCUUUAAUGAAACUGCCGUCCACUCUCCGGCCUCCCCCUGAGCUCUACCUUGUGCUGCCCACAGCCCUACCCCUGUACCUAUUGCUCCUCCACAACGCUGGGGAGAAGGGGGGUGAAGCGCGUCCCAGCACUGGGCUGCCCCCCAACACCAGACCCCCCCCACCAGCGCCCCCUGCUGCUCAGAGCCCAGACCCUGGAUGCUGAGAAGCCAGAAAUGGCCCCGGAGCAUCUCUCCUGCCACACUGGCUGUGAGCCCACCCCCAAUUUGUUCGGUGUUUUGUGUCCAUACUCUUGCAGUUCUGUCCUUGGACUUGAGGCCUCUGAACUCUGAGGUGGGACUGGCCCAGUCGGAGACUGAUGUCCUGGGAGGGAGAGGGAGGGGUAGGAGGGAACAUGGGCGCACCUGGGGAACCUCGCUCAACACUCCCGUCCUGCAAUUCAGAGCCUCCCCACCCACCCCUGCUUCCUGUACUGUCCUCUUGCCCUCCAGCACAAUCGGGGUUAAUAUAAGAAGUGUGAGAGCUUCUCUGGGUCCGGGUUCUUCCAACAGUCAUUGCAGGGAGUGUUUCCUGGAGCACGUAGGGCUUAAGGAGACUAGGGGUCAGGUCUUUAAAACCCGCACAUACUUUGCCUCCGCCAACAAGGAACAAGGAUCUAAGAACAGUUGCAAGGUGGUGUGGUGCACAGGAAAAUGAUGACUUAAAGAUUCGUCUAUUAAUUCCUUCCAGCCUUCCCCACCCUGGAGGUGGGUGGCACAUCUGCCACCUAAUUUUCACCACACCUUCAUUGCCCUUUACCCCUUGCCCCAGCCACAUACACAUAUACAGUUCUCGUGAAAGGGUGGAGGUGCCCAUUCUUGCCUUGAAACUCAGGUUAUGACGGCAUAACCAGAAGAACAAGUAAGCAUACUGUUCUCCCAUAGAACAGAAGGAGUUCUGUCCCUCUCGAGCUUCAGGUACUCUGGGUAAGAAUGUGAACUAUCAUGGCAGCAAGCAGAGAGCACAGGGCCUGCGUCAUCAAGACUUGGCCACGCAAGUCCCAACCCCAUGAGCUCUCUCCAAUGCAUGAAUCCCUCAAAGAAUUGCUGAAGGGG